UAUGGACAGGGCUCACUGCUGCGCAAAGGUCAGUGGACCUGAAAAUGGCAAACGCGCAAGAUUGCGUAUUAAGAGGUAUGAUCCCACUUAUUCAUGUUCUUCAGAAACUGGAUACUGAGAGAGAGUCUGUUGAGCCCAAAGAUAUAGUUGAAUUGAUUGGAGAUAGCCUCCGGCUAUUGGCCCAGGGCAACAGGAACAUUAACGGGAACAGGAGGGAGCAGCUCAAAUUUGCCAUUGCCCCGGGAUAUCGACACCUUUGUUCGACAGCCACACCUGUUACGGAGUUUCUUUUCGGAGAUAACCUGCCCUCAACUGUUAAAUCGAUCACAGAGGCCAACAAUGCCAGUUUCAAAAUUUCUAACUCUUCUUCUGCAUUUCGAGAAAAGUGGGGCUCUUCUUCAGUCAGAGGCGGCCUAACCAGAGGCGCCAUCUAUCGAGCUCAAGCUUCUACUAGCAGACGAGUAUCUCCUUACCCCCAGGAUUUACAACGGGAGCACUCUAAUUAUGGAUCACCUCGGGAGUAUUUAAACUUCGGAGGCAGGACACAGACGUCGAGGAAAAAAGGGAGAGGGAAGUCGAGCCAUCGCUAGGCGUGUCUGAUAGCGAAAUGCCUUCAGAAAAUUGUGGAAGACAAAGCUACGGGAAUUCUGAUUGUGCCGUGUUGGAAAACUCAAGCCUGGUUUCCGAAACUUCUGACACUUCUGACAGAGCGUCCUCUGUACUUGAAGAAGCACCAGCGACUAUUAGUACUUCCCUACAGCGAUCAGACUCAUCCCUUGUGUCAGAACCUGAACCUAUUAGCAUGCCGCUUAUCCGGGACUCCCUCAAGGAACAACGUAUUUCUGAGUCAGCUAUCAACAUCAUCAUGCGAUCCUGGAGAGACUCUUCUCAUAAACAAUAUAGGACAUACCUCAAUAAGUGGAGAGUGUUCUGUUUUGAAAGGGAAAUUGAUCCCAUUCGUCCACCUGUAGGAUUAGCAUUAGAUUUUCUUGUAGAGUUAGUUAAUACAGGACUUAGUUUUAGUGCAUUGAACACUGCUCGAUCUGCACUUUCAGCUGUAAUCAUAAUAGACGCUGGUGUACCCUUUGGAGCAUUACCAAUUGUUAAACGAUUUCUUAAAGCUGUGUUCUUGUCUAAACCUUCAUCACCCAGGUAUCAGUGUAUUUGGGAUGUUAAAACUGUGUUGGACUACAUUAGUACAAUGCAUAAAGUGACCCAGCUGUCCCUGAAAGAUCUAUCUUUGAAGUUAAUUAUCCUCAUGGCACUAACAUCAGCUCAACGAGGCCAAACAUUACACUUGUUGAAUAUGUCUAAUUUGCAUAUUGGCAAAGCUUCAUACACUUUCACAAUUAGUAAACAUGUGAAACAGAGUAGACCGGGCGUAAGCCCAAGUGUUGUUAGAUUUUCUGCUUAUCCAGUAAACAGGAAAUUAUGUGUUGUCACUUGUUUGACAGAAUAUUUGAGUAGAACACAAAUCUUGAGAGGGGAGGAGGAUAGUCUCUUCAUUAGCUAUACUAGGCCACAUAAGGCUGUCGGUAGAGAAACCAUUAGUAGAUGGAUUAAGGUCAUGCUGGCCAGAGCAGGCAUUGAUAUUAGUAUUUUCAAAGCUCAUAGUACCAGAGCUGCAGCCACUUCAGCAGCUAAUAGAGCUGCUGUACCUUUAAAUGAUAUUUUAAGUAAGGCAGGCUGGUCUAAUGCUAGUACAUUUGCGCGAUUCUAUAAUAAACCGAUUAUUAACGUGGAUCAUUUUGCUAAUCGGGUAUUGGAUAGUGUAGGGACUAAUAAAUAGUUUUCUUUUCUCACUACAAUUAUUGAGUUGAUGGUGGAGGAUUAUAAUCAUCCUGUGUUUUCUGAGCUUAAUCUUUUCAGAUAAUCAGCACAUUGUGUUCAUUCAUGAAUUCUUCACCUUCAUGGAAUGACUGAUGUACCAUUAUGUUUUUAGGUAUUUGUGUUGUAUCUGGUACUGUAAAAGUAGC